GUUCACAGACAGACGCACCGCUGCUGCCAGAGACGCUUCUGCGCUUCCAGAAAACACCGGCACUUAUGAGCUGGGGACUUGUGUGAGACUUUACAGAUUUGUGAUAUUCUUCUAGAACUCCUUAAAGUGUUUGCGAGGAAGUCAUCGCGUCUGUUUGUGGAAUUUACCUUUUUUAUUAUUAUUCUGAGAUGAUCACGGAGUUUUAACCGGCGGGAUUUCUAAAUUCAAAGGCAUCUAUUGGGACACCAGGACUGCGUCUGUGCCUCUGAUAUGGGACUUUAGGUUCAAACCUCUCGUAUUGUCGUUCCUGGAGUGAAUUCACUUGGUUUAAAACAUUUAUGCUCUUCCAGAAAUGGUGGGGCAUUUACAUUUGCAAGCUAUGGAUGAGAGUUUGAAAGGAAAGAACCGGGAGGGACUGCUUGAUAGUCCGGAUUCAGGACUCCCUCCAAGCCCCAGUCCACCCUUCUACUCUCUGUCACCGGGCAUCCUCGAGUCGCGAGCCGGCAGCUGCUCAACCCCAAAUGAGCUGCAAGGAUACUGCAGAAAGGAGACCCGGGAAGGCAAACUGCUGCCAUAUUUGCUCCUGAACUCUCAAGGUCCAGAUGCAAAGUCACGCAUGUACCCUGUGGUCUAUGGAGAGAGCAUUGAAGUUAACCCCAAACCAGAAAGAGAGAUCAAGUUCAACUCUGCAGUGAAGUACGCUUCAGACAGACACUUCCGUGACCAGGUGUUCUGCGCCCAGGUCCCGACCGCCACAUCCUUCAGCGAGACGGUGGUGUCUGUUCAGAACUGCACGUGGCGCAGCUACAAGUCAGAGGUUCACUUCGAGCCACGGCACAGGCCGCUACACUUCCAAAGCACCACCAUCGUGUUCCCCAAGCACACCCGGAACACCUACCGCACCACGCUGAACUACAACGGCAACAGAAACGCAGCUGGGCAUCGACGCUUUGUGUCCACAGUCAGGCUGGAGUCCACCGAGGACGCCAGUCCAUGCAUCAUUUACACAGAAGACCUCUGAGAUGUGCUUCCCUUCCCUUCGUUAAAGAGCCACAGUCAGAGUACAUGGACUAAAACACCGAUUCAAAAGGAUGGCAAGAGACUUUAAAGAAAAGAAACAAAAAGUCAGCGAGGGUCAUUUUGUUCUUUUGCUUCCAGUGAGAUUGGUACUUGAUAGCGGGGAUGAGCUGGAGUUGAGUGUGUGUGUGCAGUCUUUAUGUGUAAGUGACGUAUUUAUGUACAUCUGGAGAUUUUUCCUUUUCAUUUUAAUAUCCAGUCGUACCAGUCAGGUGGAGGGAAAAGCUGAUUCACAGGUCCGCAAGGAAUUCCACUGAAAGAUACACAGAAUUAAAAUAAUAAUUAUCUUUUUUUAUCAGUCAUUAUGUGUCUGGUAUUAAGAUUUAGCUUGGUUUCAUCUUGUUCCCUUACGUUGUUUUUUAUUACCAUUAUUAUUUAUGCAAUUUUCCAUUUUAAUUAUUCCCCAAAAAUGAUUUAAAACAUGCAGCAUCCAUGUGGGCCUACUUUAUCGUCUUAGUAUUGCUGAUUCUUACAAAUCCUCAAAUAGGAAACAGUUCAUAAUUAAAAUGCAAAGAUUAUAUGUGGAUGAGAGGACAUAGUCUCUAGACCUUAGUCGGGUUAGAUGUGUUCAUUUAAAUGUGUUAACCAUGACUAAGGUCUACUGGAAUUCAUUUGUAGAUUACUAGAACUGGCUGAGAAAAUAGAAACUUUAAGUUGCACUUAUCGAAUGUUUUUGUUUUAAUGUUUUGGCUGUAAAUGUGUUGGUAUGACUAAGGGCAAGUCAACGUGUAAGAGCACUUGAGAGGUUGGACCAAAGAUUCUGUAAAAUUCAGAGAAAGGGAAAUGCAUUCUUAAAUAUUUCCCUGCCUUUCUGUCCAGAAAACGUGGAAUCAUUUCUUGCACAAGAGUUUCAGAAGCCGUCCGACGUGCUAAUAAUUCAGUGGCCAAAAUAAGAGCUGCCCUCACAGAACGACAGGAAACAGAAGAUGACUGGACUGAGCAUGUGUUAGACGGGAGGAUUCAGCGUAUUUGGAUCGAAAUGCCAAAUGCUGGAUUCGUGAGACAUGUCUUAUCUCUAAACAGAGACUAAGUUCUUUGGCCUCCUGAGAACCAUAUGUUUUUCUGAUUUACUUUGCGAUUGCACGGUUAGAUAAUGUUUGGUGAGUAAUUUCUGACAUUGUUGGAGCCAGUUAGUCUCAGCCAAAAUCUAGUUUAGCAAUCUAAGCUCCUGUCUCCUCCAGCGAGUGCGGUUCCUCUUUCAUGUAUUACAAACUCUUUUGUGGAGCAGAGCUGUUGUUGUUUAGGGAGGCGAUGAGAUGUAACGGAGCAAUGCGCUGAGAGAGAUCAGAAAAGCAUUGUGGAGGUGCAAGCACUGUACGUCAUGUCUGCCUUGUGUCUGGACUGUACACUUUCAAUUCUGUAAAAGCUGAAGUGGGGUUUGAACAUUUUGAUGUUUUUUUCUGAUUUUAUAUAAAAAAGAUCUCAAAAUAGUGUAUUGUAAGAAAAACAAGGACAAUAUGUUUCCGUCUGGUAAGUGGAUGUGUGAGUUUGGAGAGGAAAAGCUUGGCAGUACAAAAUUUUUAGUAAUGUGUUGAAAGCAGAUCUGAGGGUAGAUGUUUUAUUUUUUCACAUUUUAUGAUUACAUUUGUCUGGUGUACAAAUGCUUUCUGCUAACAGAUGGAUUCUUGUUUGAUUUGCUAACACAAUGAUUUGUGCUUUUGUAAAAUAUUUUCCUGCUGUAUAUGUGGCACACAGCACUUGUAAUUCUCUUUAUAUUUUUGUACAAUUCCCAAUUUAAUGGAUUUCUUUUGGACAACAGAUGAGAAAAUAAUUUAAGAAAAAAGAAAGUAUACCCAGAUUAAAUAAAAGCCGCAAACCCUACAA